CCUAGAUUCCGGAAGUGAGCGAAGGCAGUGUCUGUUUCCACGUGGUUGGGCUGGAACUCCUUCUUCCAUGCGGAGGCAGAACUCUGGCGGCUGAAGGUGGGUCUCGCCUGGGAUGGCCUUUUCGGGAAGCUCUUCUCCAUCAAGGAUGCCUGAAGACACAGAGCGAGAUGAAAGCCUGGAAGGAGAGGAAGGCGAUAAAGGCAAUCCUGGCUUCUCCAAGGAGGGGAAAAAACCAAGAGCGAGGAAAAGAUCUUCCGCCUCGGAAGGCAUCCUGAAGCCGGUGAAGCUGUGCAAGGCUGAGCUCUACAAGCCGCCCACCAACGAAGAACUGAGCCGCCUUAAAGAGACGGAGAACCUCUUCCAUUCCAACCUUCUGCGGCUGCAGGUAGAGGAGCUUUUGAAGGAGGUGACCCUCAAGGAGAAGAGGAGGCAGAGAAUUGAUUCCUUCCUCCAUGAGAUCAAUGCCUUGCUGAGCAAAAUCCCAGAGGCUCCGGAAAGAGAUAUCACGGACCAGUCCUGGCUCCCAAAAGGUGUGAAGGUGCCUCUCCUGCAGUUUCCUUUCAACGUCAAGGGCAAGUUCCGCUUCUUGCCACCUGCGGAGGUGAAGGUAGUGGGGAGUUACCUGUUGGGCACCUGCAUCAAGCCCGAAGUCAACGUGGAUGUGGCUCUGGUCAUGCCCCGGGAAGUCUUCCAAGACAAGGACAACCUUAACCAGCGCUACCACCGGAAGAGGGCCCUCUACCUGGCUCACGUUGCCCACCACCUGGCCAAGAAGAAGCUCUUUGGCAGCGUCAAGUUUGCCUACAUGAAUGGCAACCAUCUUAAGCCUAUUGUGCUCUUGCAGCCUCAAGGGAAAGACGCCAAGAUGGUGACUGUCCGCCUCUUCGCCUGCCCUGCCCAAGAUGUCUUCAAGCCCAGCCGCUUGCAUCCCAGCAAGAAUAACGUCCGCACUGCCUGGUUCACAGAGAAGGACUCACCUGUGGCAGGAGCUGUUGAGCCCCCGACUCCUCACUACAACAACUCCAUUUUGUGGGAUUUGGGCCUGGCACCCAACUUGGUGUUCCUCUCUGAGGCAGCCAGUGGCUUCGAAGGCAUGCGGGAUGGAGUCUGCCUCCUCAAAGUGUGGCUGCGUCAGCGAGAACUUGAUAAGGGCCUGGGGUGCUUCAAUGGUUUCUUGGCCUCCAUGCUGGUGGGCUACCUCUUGGCCGGCAACAAGAUCAACAAAGUCAUGAGCGGCUACCAGGUGUUGCGGAACGCCCUCCAGUUCUUGGCUACCACAGACCUCACGACCUCUGGAAUCAACCUCUCAAAAAACAUGGAUGGCACCUUGCCCUCUUUGUCGGACUUCCACGAAGCCUUCCAGGUGGUCUUUGUGGACCCAUCCGGACGGGUGAACCUCUGUGCAGACAUGACGGCCAGCACCUAUAAGCAGAUUCAGCUCGAAGCCAAACGUUCAAUGGAGAUUCUGGAUGACAAAACCGUGGAUGGAUUCCAGUUGGUGUUCAUGACCCGCAAGCCUCUGAUCCGGACCUUUGACCAUGUGUUCCACCUGAGGCACGUCUCCAAGUUGCAGGCAGCCUGCAAGAAGAUGAAGCUUCUCAACGAACUGAUGGACCACGGAGGGAACUACAUGGCGGCAACUCUGCCUUUCCUCCUCCGUUUGCUGGAACGAGGGCUGGGCCGACGGAUCGUGCUGCUGACCCACACCUUGCCCCAGACGCCGCCGUGGUCCAUCAACGCAGAUCCGCCAAAGCACAGAGACGCCGGGUCCCUGUCGUUUGGGCUUUUGCUGAGCCUUGAUUUUGCGACCAGCAUCUUGGAGAGAGGGCCUGAAGCGGACAGACCUGAGGCAAUGGAGUUCCGGCAGUUUUGGGGGCAGCGCUCAGAGUUGCGGCGUUUCCAAGAUGGGGCCAUCUGUGAAGCCGUUCUGUGGGACGCACCGAACGUGAGCCAGAAACGCCUCAUUCCGGAGCAGAUCAUUCGCCACCUCUUACAGUUCCACAUGGAUAUUCCGGAUUCUUCCAUCUGCUACACAGGAUCCCUGCUGGAGUCUGUGAUCAAAAUAGGGCGAGAGCCUUCUGGGACUGGCGAGGAGGCCAUGGUGAACCUCAUCCGCUCCUACGAUGACUUGAGCCGCAAACUGUGGAAUCUGGAGGGGCUUCCACUCACGGUGACAUCGGUCCAGGGGGCCCACCCGGCGCUGCGAUACACAGACGUUUUCCCUCCCGUUCCCGUGAAGCCGGAUUACGCCUAUCACGCCAGGAUCAAGGACCCCGAAUCCCUGUUGCCCUUGGCUGAGAAACCCUGCCCGGCUUAUAUCACCCCAAUGAAAGUGCUGUGCCACAUGGAGGGCAGUGGCCAGUGGCCGCAAGACAAGGAAGCCAUUAAGCGCAUCAAAGCCGCUUUCCAGCUGCAACUGGCAGAACUCCUCAAACAGCAGCACCACCUGCUCUGUCGGCCGGCUCCCACCCACACUGAUGUCUUUAAGGAUGGCUAUGUCUUCCGCCUCCAAGUGGCCUACCACCGAGAACCUCAGAUCCUGAAGGAGGUGGUCACCCCAGAAGGCAUGCUGAAGUACCAGGAUAAUCCAGAGUCCCAAGAGUUGGAGAUGGAGACCCAGCUCUUGCCGUUCUUGACCAGCUCCCUCCAUGGCCUCCAGCAGCAGCAUCCGGCCUUCAGCGGCACUUCCCGCCUGGCCAAGCGCUGGAUCAGUGCCCAGCUGCUGAGCGGCAGCCUCUCGGAGGAAUGCAUAGAUUUGGUGGCAGCUUCCCUCUUCUUGAGCCCAGCGCCGUUCACGGCCCCCAGCUCUCCUCAGGUGGGCUUCCUGCGCUUCCUUCACCUGUUGACCACCUUUGACUGGAAGAACAGCCCCCUCAUUGUGAACCUGAAUGGGGACCUCAAGGAAACUGACCAUGUGGAGAUCCAGAACCAUUUUGUGGGCGCCCGGCUUCAGCUCCCAGUCAUGUUCAUUGCCACCCCCAGAGACCAGCGUAACUCAGUGUGGACCAAAGAGAAGCCUUCAGCCCAGAUUCUACAGCGUCUCCUUGUAUUGGCUUUGGAGUCUCUUCGGGUUUUGGAGGAGCAGCUCAUGGACCCUUUGGGAAGCCAAGACGUCAAGAUGGUCUUCCGUCCUCCUCUGGAUUUCUAUGACGUCCUGAUCCACCUGAAACCCAAGCAGAUUCCAAGGCAUUUGGAGGCUGUGGACAGGCCCGUCACGUCCUUCAGCCGCGGGAUGCUCAAGAGUGAGGCUAUGGUGAAGACGCUUUCAUUCCCCGUCGUGGAUUACGACCCCGUGCAGUGCUAUCUCCAAGAGCUGCGGGAAGCCUUCAGUGAGUUUGCUCUGUUUUUCUUUGACAAGUAUGGAGGAGAGGUCAUCGGGGUCCUCUGGAAGCCGUCCACCUUUGAGCCGCAGCCUUUCAAGGUGAGACUUGGGUCUUGGGAUUAGGAGGUCCCCCUGCAA